UUUUACCUUCUCUGUGAAGGCACUGAAACACACGCAGCACUAAGAAAGAAACCUCUCAUGUUCUAUAAAUUCCUGUGCCAAGAACCAUACCUUCCCCUUUCUCUUUCUUUUUCUCCCAUUUGUUUGGCUUCUCUUCUGUCAUUAUUCUUGAAUCUUUGCUAGGCCAAGACCAGAAUAUAGAAAAAAAGCCAUAAAAUGGCACAAGAAAAGGCACUUCGUGUUAGGUACCUAGUGGCAUUCCUUCUUGUGUUCUUCACUAUGGCCUCAUGUGGCUCAGGUGUUGGAGUCAACUGGGGAACCAUGGCAACUCACAAGCUUCCACCAAAUAAGGUGGUCAAGAUGCUUCAAGAAAACGGUUUUGAUAAACUGAAGCUGUUUGAUGCUGAAGAGUGGAUUAUGGCAGCACUGAUGGGGACAGAUAUUGAAGUGAUGCUAGCAAUACCCAAUAACAUGUUGGAGGAGAUGAGUAGGAAUCCUCAGGUUGCAGAUUCUUGGGUUUAUGAAAAUGUCACUAGUUACAUGUACCCUGGUGGACUAAAUAUCAAAGCAAUAGCAACAAUGGCUUCCCUCACCCCAGGCAUUCUGCUGAAAAUGCUGCAGGCCAUGAACACCAACACCCGCGUCACCGGCGACCACCGCUCCCCGCUCCUCCAGGUCAUCGGCAUCGUCCCCGCCCUCGCCGGCUCCGACCUCUGGUCCAACCAGGGCUUCUAUUUAAACCUCUCCGACUCCGUCAACUCCACCUACGUCCUCCUCUCCCACCCCGACACCGACCUCAUCCUCUCCAACCGCCUCCAGCUCGGCCAGUUCGUCCACGUCGACCGCUUCCACUUCGACUCCCCUCUCCCCUCCGUCUCCAACCUCCGCCCUCUCGCUGGCCGCCACCCCUUCCUCGGCACCCCGGAGCCCCUCAUUGCUCGCAUCUCCCCCUCCACCCGCCACUUCCUCAUCCAACCCCUCUCAGACUCCGAACUAGACCCCCUCUCCCUCCUCUCCCUCAACAACAACAACAAAUCCCCAAUCCCUAACCCUAACCCUAACCCAAACCAUAACCAUGAAGAGCAUAAACAACAUCACAAAGACAGCAGCAAAGAACGAAUCUCCAGAGACCCUCUCGCGCCUCGCGACAACAACUUACCGCCGCAGAGAUUCUCAUCCCCGGCCACCGCCAAGAGAUCGCAGUCGGCGGGAAGGAAUAAGAUUGUUUCCACCACGGCGGAGAGGGAUCCAUCACCGGCGGGGAAGGGGAAGAGGUCCGCGUCUCCGGUGCCGUCCAAGUGUGUGGUUCCGAGCCUCGUUUCGGCGCGCGAGGAAAACCGGAAGGUGUCGAGGGAGCCGGCGAUUAUCGUGCCGUCGAGGUACCGGCAGCCUUCUCCGACCGGGAGGAAGCAGCCGUCGUCGAGUCCGCGGCGGACAUCACUUUCUCCCGGGAGGAGGUUGUCUGGGGGACUUAAGGUUUCGCCGCUGGUGGCGGACUCCUCCGUGAAGAAGAAGAUGGCCACCAUUGUCGCCGGAAUCUCGAAGGUCUCCGAUGCGCUGGUUGGGUCCAAGAGUGCCAGGAAGAAUUGGGAUGAGCAACUGCCGGCCACGCCUGUUGAAGCUGGUGGUUCUAAGAGUAAGGUUGAUGCACAAGCAAUUUUGCGUACUCAGGCUGCAAUGUCAAGGCGGUUAAGUGAUGUGAGUGGUCAAAAACCGGGUAGCAAUGAUUCUUCGAGCAAUGAGAAAACUAAAGCUGUUUCUCCUCAAAGUUGUGUUCUUGAAGACAAAUCCAAUUUUGCAGCAAUGGGUAUCACCAUUCAUGAGAAGAAAUGGACUGAUGGAAGUGUUCCAUUAGAUGCUGUUUCUGGGAACCUUGCAAGGCUUGGAAAGGAAGCAAUGCAAAGGAAGAUCCUCGCUUCUACCGCUGCUGCUGAAGCAUUAGAGGAGGCCAAUGCUACUGAAUGUAUUAUAAGAAAUUUAAGCAUGUUUUCAGACCUCUGCUCAGUUUGCCAGGCCAGGAAUCCUUUGCCAACCAUAGACAGAUUCUUCACUAUCUAUGAUGAUGUUCUGAAAUCAACUGCAAUGGUUGAAUCUGUUGCCAGCAGACAUAAUUCUGAGACACCUGAUGAAGGCAUUCCAACAAAACACUCAAAAUCACUUUCUUUUUGGGUUGAAGCUGCGUUGGCCACUGAUCUCCAGAUAGUAUCCCUUCUUACUGGCACAACCGUGGAUCCUCCAUCGACACUGCAAAAAAGCUUAUCAAAAAGACAGUCUCUCGGUGCAGCUAAGAACCUUAAGGUUCGUUCAUCACCACAGUCCAGUCUGAGUACUGGUGUGUGGACAGGAGGUAGUGGAAUGAAAGAGACAGUGGAGCUUGGAGCAAAUUUGCUGUCUGAAAUGCAAAUGUGGUUUCUACGUUUUGUGGAAGAGUCCCUUGAUGCAGGAUUCAAAGUGUUUGGAGAGUGUACAGCUGAUGGGAAAAAAGCAUUGCCCCUGGAUGGUGGCUCCAUUGCUGUUGUUUUGUCACACUUGAAGCGUGUAAAUGCAUGGCUGGACCGUGUGGUUUCCAAAGGGGAUGACUCACUUACAGAAAAGAUUGAGAAAUUGAAGAGAAAGAUCUACGGAUUUGUUAUUCAGCAUGUAGGAACAACUUUUGAUAGUUCUGCUUCCUCUGCUUCAUCAUGAAUUUAUGAGUUUGAGUUUAUUCCCCAUUUAACUAUGGACCUUGAAAUCGAUAAAAGGAAGUGCUUCUUCUGUCAUUAAAAUUAUUAUUGUAUUUCGGUGUGGGUGAGAUAAUGGACUGAAAUGUAUGUUUACACAUAAAGAUUGAGCAGGUGUCAUAGCUUGAUUAUUA